AUGCGGCACCGCAAUCUAGUCCAUAUCCUUACUGCAUGCUCUAGCAUUGAUUCUAGAGGAAUCGACUUCAAAGCACUAGUCUAUGAGUUCAUGCCACGAGGAGACUUGAAUAAAUUUCUACACUCGGCUCGGGGUGACGAAAGCUCUUCAGAUUCGAACUGCAUUUCACUGGCUCAAAGGUUGAGCAUCGUGGCAGAUGUAUCAGAUGCAGUGGCGUACCUUCACCAAGAGGGUAUUGUUCAUUGUGAUCUGAAACCUAGCAACAUUCUCUUAGACGAUGAUAUGGUAGCUCAUGUUGGGGACUUCGGGCUGGCAAGGUUGCCGAUUCAUACCACAACAUCGUCUUCUGAAUCAACUUCGACGUCUUCCGUUGCAAUAAAGGGAACCGUAGGAUAUGUUGCUCCAGAAUGUGCAGGGGGCGGUCAGGUUUCAACUGCUGCAGAUGUUUACAGCUUUGGAGUCGUCCUCCUUGAAGUAUUCAUUCGAAGGAGGCCAACGGAUGCCAUGUUCAAGGACGGAUUGAGCAUUGCAAAGUUUGCAGAGAUCAACUUCCCCCAUAAAGUAAUGCAGAUUCUUGACCCAGAACUGUUGCAGGAGCCGAAUCUCUGCCGGGAAACUCAGAUGGAUGCUGUCGAGAAAAAUGGAGCGCAAAGUCUCCUUUCUGUGAUUAGUAUUGGGUUGUGUUGCACCAGGUCGUCCCCAAGUGAGCGCAUCAGCAUGCAGGAAGUGGCUGCCAAGCUGCAUGGGAUCAGAGAUGCGUAUCUCUUUACACAAGAUUGA